GAUGAUGGAGAUAUGGAUGUUGUUGUUUGCAAUAACGUUGGCCCGGCAGAAAUAUACGAAAAUCUGGGUGGAAACGAAGUUAACUUUUGGAUCAAGGUUAAAGUUAUGCAUAGGUGGGCGCAACUGUUGUUUGACUACCGGGUGUCCCCCCAAAAAACUCGACACUGUUUUAUUUCAUGUAACGUAAGAGCUAUAAAAGCUAUCUCAAUGAAAUAACGAUCAUUGCAUUCAGAAAGGACUAAUUUAGAUUUUGAUAUUUUGCACUUGAAUUUACAUGCAAUAUUAACUGUGCUAUUGAUGUUUGAAACGUUGAACUACUGUUUCUGAAAAUGUCAAAAAUUAGCACAAAACAACCUUAUUAUUGCUGAUGUAGUUAUACUUCGGCUAAAUAAUAAAUAUUUUUAUUUUGGUUGUAUCUCGCUCAAUAUUGCAUGUAAAUUCAAGUGUUACUGUAUACAUAAAAAUCUAAGUUAGUCCUUGCUGAAUGCAAUGUUUAUGUCGUUGCGAUAGCUUUUAUAGCUUUUACGUUACAAGAAAUCAAAGAGUGUUCAGUUUUAUUUUGGACACCCGGUAGUUUUUAGUUCAUAGUUGUACAUAAGGAAACAGAUUGAAAUAGGAACUGAAACAAGAUGUGACUACAGGAAUUGAAUUUGAGUUGCAGAGGAGCUAGAGGCGAAAGACACCAAUUACGAACCAUUUCACUACAGACAUCCCAUAUUUAUUACUAAAUUGACCGAUUGAUAUCUCAUUCCAACUUGCAUAGGUGCAAACAAGAGCCUCGAUUGCUUUGUGAUAGCCUGGGGGCAAGAGUCCAAGUGAAGCAAGAAGACACUGGCUUGAACCAGGUAUAAUCAUAUCAAAACCUGUAAGGUCCUGUCACUCCUGUGUAACUCAUAGUAUUCUUUCGUCAGGACUUCCUGACAAAAGGACUUCACUCGACUUUACAGGUUUGAUGUUUGAAGCUUUCUAACUAAUGUCUAAUACAUUUGUCUUGAAUUAGACUCAAGAAAUUGGUUCCAGUACACAUUUCCUCGCGCAAAGUGAAACAACAGCGCAUUUUGGACUUGGCUCUAGCGCGAACAACGUCACGGUGCACGUGACCUGGCCAACUACAGGAUCACAACUUUAUAUUUACAACGUUCCUGUUAACACGAGAUUGCAAAUUGUACAACCCGAAAGGUAAUUUGUAGUUAACUAAUGCGUAUACUUCGUUGCACGUCACGGUAUAUAAUAUUUAUAUGGUACAUUACUUACUAUCAUGGCUUUUAGAAUCGCGCAGAAUUGUAAUCCUAUUGUGCGCGAAAGGGUUACGAAUUAGGAUAGUGAUUGGGCCCAAAUCAAAGAGAAUUAUUACCGGUUUUUGCUGUCAUAUAAAAUUGGGCGAUGUAAAAAUAGAAACUGAACCCAUUGGGUAGCAGUUCCUUCAGUUCUGGUAAUUACUGGUUUUUGCUCUCAUAAAAUUGGGCGAUGUAAAAAUAUAAACUGAACCCAUUACAUAGCCGUUCUGUCAGUUCUGGCAAUUAGUUACACCAGUAUAACUAUGUCUAUCAGGACAUGAUGAUCUGGAAACUGAACAUAUGUCAUCGUAUUAUGAUUUUGUCUGAGUUUGCGUCGAUUUGUCCAGGGUUAACGGUGAUUGAGCUCGUUGUAUUUUCGUACAAUGAAGUAGUCGUCCAAUAAUGAUAGCUGAGGUGCAACCACGAUGAAUAAUAUUUAAUGAAGUAGUGAGACAAAGGAUUUGUGCACGUUGAGGAAUAGCGACAUCAAAAGUCAUCUAUUUUGUCGGCGUUGAAGUUUACCGGACUUUCCAGCCCAUCAUAUCUAUGACUCAACGAUCUUCCUUCAAAAGGUUCGUUACCUACCUCUAUCAACUUCUAAAGAACGAGUCAUAAACACUGACCAUGCAGUUUUGUUCCGGAAAACCAGUCACAAAUCGUGUUCAUAUUAGCUAGGUACUUGCCGAAAACGAAAUGAAAUGUUUCUCUUGAUUUUCACAGUAACACUAAACGUACGGAGUAUUUGUCGCUGGAAAUUUGUCCUACGUUGAAAGUUACCGAAAUUAUAAAGCAGGUAAAACCACAAUCUUAUAGUCCGCAUUUUUGUUCAGGAUUUCGAUAGCAGACAUAACAUGUCCUGCCUUGCCAUUGUCAUGAGAGUUAUCCAAAGCAUGCAUAAACCACAGAGGUGGUGGAAUAUUGAUGCCGACGACACACACCCAUUGUGCGUUCUCGCUCGGAGGUUGCAAGUUUUGACCUUCCAAAUACAGUAUUCUUUCAUGGUCAUAGAAACUUACCGUCAUUCCUUGUGGUGAUUAACGAGUUGACUAAAUCCAAAACAUCCACUCUAAAAUAUUAAAAAUGCAUGUUCAGUAAUAGGCAAUUCCCAUUAUAGACAUAGCGAACAUACUAAAAUGAGUAAAAUUGCAAAAUUUGUUUGCGAAAUGUUGACAUGUUGUACAAUGAAGAAAAUAUAGCCCUUGCAAAGUUUGCAAAUUUUGUACACUUUUGUAUUGCGUCCGGAAAUCGCUACCACAUUUGGGCCGAAUUGAAAAUGGUAGCAAUUUCCGCACGCAAUACAUGCAUGCAUGGUAUUGGUAUUGAAAAAUCUCAGUCUGUCAGCUCAUCGGACACAUUGUGCUUUGAGUCAAGGUUCGAGGCUAUAUUUUCAAGGCUAUAUUUUGAACGCUAUAAACUUUGCAAGGCUAUAUUUUCCUCAUUUUACAGCAUUUCGCAAACAAACUUUGCAAUUUUACUCAUUUUAGUGUGCUCUUUCUAGAUGUGGUGAUUUAUUUGCAUUUCCUUGCCUAGUUUUAGAAUUUGUCUAUAAUGGAAAUUGUCUAUUAAUCAGACGUUUAAUGUUUCGGUCUAACCAUAGUUUAAGUUAAAUUGAUUUCUAUCAUGCCUCCCUCGACAUUAACUCAAUUUUGAUUCCACUGUUUUCCCCUUCACUUCUUUCUUACAGCCCAAACAAGGCAAAAUUGAGAUAAAUUCAGAUGACCAGACGGCACGUUAUUAUAUAAAGAACCCAACGAAGCAAUUGUCGCCCAACUCCAAAGAGACAUUUGAAGAUAUGGAACUUCAGGAAUUUUCUUAUAGAGUUCAAAUAUUCCCAAACGACAGUAAUUCUGCGAGUGUAGUUAACUCAGCGAUGAUUUAUUUCGUGGAGGAACAGGAUUGUCAUAACGGGAAACCGGUUGAAUAUAAAGAACUAAAACCUACUGAUGAAAGGUUUGUCAUGAACAAGCGACUCAUUUGGCCGUUCCGGCAAUUGCAAACUAUGCAGGGAUGUUGGUGGACUUGGUCUACGACCGGGGCCGGUUGUUCAGGUUGGGUUAAGCUGGUUAGUUUACCACCAGCUUAACCUAAAUUUAGAACCGAACUUCCCAACGGCUUGUUUAUAAAUUUGGAAACAUUUCUUCAGAAAUCUUGUCUGGAUCAAUAGGUGUUUUCUCUUCUGGAGUUUUGAAAUAAACGGACGUGUAGAGGUAGUCAAAGUAGCAGGUUAAAUUUUAACCCAGGAUUAGCGUUAAUCCAGCUUUGAACAACCGGCCCCCGAUCUUUCACAUGAGAAAAGAGUGAUCCAGUUUGACUCUAUCAAAAACCACAUGCUCGAUACUCCGGUUUACUCCCGUAAGCAACAUUGGACCAACACUAAAUUACCCCAGGUAUCCAGCAUAAAGUGAAUUUUGCAGUUUACGGCAGCGAGAUAUAAAUAAUAUGAGAUUUAAAUAACAUGAGAUAUAGGCUUCGCUCGUGCAGACCAUACCAACAUUUUCCAAUUUUGUUGGUCCGGUGUUAGGUGAAACUUUGAACAAACUCAAAUCUGAUCCAACAUCCGUUACAACAUCAGACAAUAAUACCAAACCUAAUGUAGGCUCAACAAUGUUGCAUGACCCGUUAUAAGGAUGACGCUUUCAGUAUACUGACCAGAGAUGACGAUAGCUAUCUACAAUAAGAGUAUCUCCGCCCUGGUGGGAGAUGAAGCCAACCUUGGAGUGUAGAAGAAGCUAAGCAUUACGAGCUUAGAUCACCCCUAGCUGAUGAAAACACUAGAUUGGAGUGUCGAAAUAUUGUUUGUAAACACUUUGGGGGGGGGGGGGGGAGGAUUACAUUAAUUUACUUUAAGAUUAUGAACACUACAUUGUUGAACAUGGUCUACCAAUAGCAUAUUAUUACCCUUUGCAAUUUUACAUGAUGCGCUCUCGGUAAUUUUUUAAAUUUACGUUCGUACUUCUUAAUUUUCAGGAGAUACGAUGGCAUAUCGAACAACAAGCAACACCUAAUGUGGGGCGCAGUGCGCGAAAACCUACGUCGCCGUUCGUCGCCGGCCUAUUCCGACGGUAUAGCCACUCCUGCUAGUGUCUGCGUUGCUAAGCAACGAAAUAACAAUACUUGCGCCUACAAGCAAGAAUACAGCGGUUACGGAUCAACGAGACCCUCUCCUCGUGAAAUAAGCAACGUACUGUUUCGACAAACCAAGUCGAUUAUUAGUGAACGAAAAAUAAACGAUUUUCAUGUUCAUUUUGGUCAAGUAAGUGCAAUUAAAGCAUGCAUUAUCAUAUGGCACGCAUACGUACAUGGCUGUGGCCCGCCCCGCGCACAAUUAUAAACGAGCAUUACAAUGUGUUCUACAUGAAAAAAUUAGAUUUAGACUGCUUGGCAUAACAAAAAUUAGCAUACUUUUUGCGCAACCACGUUCCCAGGGCCUUUUUUGAAAAUGCGUUUGCGGUGUUAAUGCGUAUCUUUUGUUUCAGUUUCUGAGCCACGACACAGACCUAACCAUCACCUUGCCUAGAUUUGAAUUUCAGGAAACUUUUAAUGAUGUAUGGCUACCAAUAUCUGUACCCAAGGUAAGUAUAUGUGAGCACAAUCACACGCUUAUUUUUAAACGAUUUCAAUAAAAAGCAAUCGAGUCAAAUAUUUUUUACCCUCUUCCUUCGCUGUUCUAGGGAGACGUGUACUUUGAUCUUGGCGAUUCAGAUUCGUCAUAUUUACCAUUUCUUAGAUCUGUAUAUAACAGGUAACGUGGUCUAAAUUAUUACUAAGUUCAAAAUGAGAUGAAAUGUUUUGGGUCAGAAAUGGAGGAAAGGACAAAUUUUGAUAGUGUUGUUUACAUCGUUGCCAGGGGCCGCGGAGUCGUGGGGAGGGGGGAAGGCAAAGGGUCAUGCCCCCCUCCCCACCUUUUUUAAAGUGAAAAAAGUGCCCUUUUUCUGGCCUAAAGUGCCCCCUUUAAAGAACGCAAAAGUAUUUAAACGCCCUCUUUUGCUGAAAAGAAAGUGCCCUUUUUGCAGUAGUAAAGACUACUCUAUAAAAGCCAUUCCCAACGUUAUGGAGACUCCAUAUUUUCAAAAAUUUAAUGCUUCCUUUUAAUGCUUCCUACGUCCAUGGACACGCCCUCUGUGUCCUUUCAUACUAUCCAAAUUCAAUUAUUUACACAUUCUCCUUCCGCACCCAAAACAAUGUUGGACGUACUUGAAUUGGUUUAAAACUGUGUUCCAAGAGAAGUUUUUCUAACUUUGCAAUAACAUUACGAAAGUUUGUCCAACAAUUCGUAGUGUCGCGUGGUGAUAUAGGGAGCUUGAAAUGCAACAAAUCUGAAACGCUGACGUGACUAAAAAACUGUCGCUAAUAAUGUGACAUUUGUUUUACUUUGUUUUUCUCGUGUCCUUGGCUUUGUUUACCAACAACAAUCCGUACUUUUCACCCGUGAAAUGAAACUGUGAUAAUAGCCACAGUUUUUCGUCACGUCCGAGUCGUAGAUUUGGUGUAUCUUAAGGCCAUUUUCCAUUGCAGUCGCUUUGCCCGCGCGGGCAAAGCGACUGCAAUGGAAAAUGGCCUUUAAGUCCUUUAAGCUCGUUGAGAAAACUCUCAUGCGAAUAGUUGCGCUACUCAACUCUCAUGAGUCUCGUCAACUCUAAUUUCUUUUGAAUGUUGUUCAGUCUUACGUAGCGUGUUGUCUGUGUUCAAAUAAUUAUAUCGAGGAUACGCAUGUGUAGAGCAUAUGCUUCCGUUAUUCUUCAAAAAAUAUGGUCUACAACUUAGAAUAUAAAUACUUCUGAUGUUACAGAUGCACAGGACGUGAAGCAGGUGUUCCACGAGAACAGAUCAAUCUUAUUUCAUCAUACAUUGAUGGUAAUAUGGUUUAUGGCAGCAAUGUCAAAAGAAACAAACUACUCAGAACACUCUCACAAGGGAAAAUGAAAGUGUGGGAACAUGAAAUGCUGCCUGUAUGUUGAACAUUACAAUCCAUUCCUAUCAUUAUUUUUUUCAGCUGGUGGAUCACUUCUUGUCAAAUGGCAUACUUAUACAUAAUAUCUUUUCCAGCUACAAAAUCAUUUAGCUUCUAAUACUGUUGUGAAAUAAGUUACAUGCACGUGCAUGUGUCAAUCAACCAAUAACUAUGCUGUAACAAGGUUGUUGUCUAGCUGAUAUAUCACGAUGUGUUCGCUAACAGUUCGCAUUACUUGAUCCCAUUGUUGUGACAUGUCUGGAACAAGUUGUUAUCAUCUUGUUACAAAGUAGAUGACGGCAACAGACUUGUUAUAAGUUGUUCCAACAAGCUAUGAGCUUGCAUGUUGUCAUCAAUUUGUUAACAAAUUGUUACGUGCAGACGAUAUCAGACUGGGAACAAGCAGUGCGAACACAUCUUGUUGACAGCUGACAAGCUGUGAGAUUUUUAUGUACACAGUGUAUGUAUGCGAGACGAUUGCUUCCAGUUUGCUCCUAGCAAAGUAGAUCGUAGAAUUUCUCCGCGGUACUCCGGUAAUGGAUGACCUCAGUCUAUAGGGGGAAUAGGUAUCUCCUAAUCUCCUUAGACAUUCAGUAUAGGAGCCAUCUCAUACUUGCCCAGUGUUCCUACAGGAAGAGAACGGACUACCGGAAUACCGGAAGAAUACCUGCGAUGGUGUUUGAAUCAAACUGAAAACAUUUUUCUCAAAAAUCUUUAUUGAAGAAUGCCUGAAUCACCUCACUGUGUUUUCAUACGACUGAAGCAAAAUUUUACAGUAAUCAGGUGGCAACCGUAUAUUGCAGAUUGAUUUUUCUGGCUUGUUUAUUGCGGGCAAAGUUUUAAGAAACCCAUAUUCUUCUUUCAAACAGUUAAAUGAAUUCGGUGUGGCGAACGGAAACGAUGUUGGUCGUGCGACUAAACGUUUAUUUCUGGCCGGAGAUACUCGUGCAAACAUACAGCCGGGACUCACUGCUAUACAUACUGUCUUUGUUCGUGAACACAAUAGAAUUUGUGAUGAAUAUCUUAAAGACAAGCCAAACGUAAGUAUGCUUAACUGAUUGCAUAUAUUCGUUAAUAAUUCGUCGUUCAAAAUUUACUAGUCAACCAAUUACAUCGGAUGAUGUCCGUAAUACUCCGUAUUGGUGAAGUUCAUACUGUUCAGAGACCAGCACAUUGAUGUCAGUUGACUUCACUAACAGUUUUAAGUAUUCAAUAACAAAAACCAGGCUUAUUGUGUGGACUAGACUUGGUUCAAGUUCAACCCCUUGUGAGAAGGACUUGAACCAAGUCAAUGAGUGGACACUCGGCCAAUAAUUAUACUGCUUAGAUUUGUUACUGUAUAUAAUUCGCUUACUGAUUGCAGUGAUAAAAACAGUUUUUUCUAAGUUUAUUGGAUGGACUACGGUGUUUUCGUAUGUAUACUGUUAUUACUGUAGGCCUAGAUUUGCAAACAUCUUUCUUUCCUUCCCUAUGGUUGUAAGUAGGAAAUAAGAACUAUGUUCAAUAUCGAAGCCUCCUCGCAUAUACUAGACAAAAUCCUACCAGGCAACUGCAUUACGGACAAGAGACGGAGGUUACUGUAUAUCAGGUACAUGUGACACCGGCUGUUUUCUGCUUAGGCAAGUGAUGAAGAAGUGUUUCAGUAUGCGAGAAAGAUCGUGAUCGCAGAACUUCAAGCUAUAACAUUCCGAGAGUACUUGCCGUCGCUGCUGGGCGGCUCAGAAGAUAUCCCACAGUACAGAAGUUAUAAUGAUAGGGUCGACGCCACGACUGAUCACAUAUUGACUACGGCAGCGUUCAGGUAAAAUGUUUAUACUUAACAGUUUUUCUACGAACUCGAGUCGAAUAUAAGCUGAUAGCCGAUGAGGCGCGUAGCGCCGAAUCGGCUAUCGCUCAUAUUCAACGAGAGUGAGUGGAAUAACUGUUUUAUUAUAUACACAAGGUCUGAAUUCACAGACUUUGCAUUUCGGAUAUUUUCAAUAUUUUUCUAUUUUGUUUAUGUUUUUAUCUUCGCUCUUUCGGCCGAGUAUUUUUUCAAAAAUAUGUAUUUUUAACCAUUUUAAAUUUUAAAAAUUCAUUUGCUAACCUGUAAACAAUUUGUGGGAAUUUUUUCGUUGUGUUUUUAAUCCUGUAAAGGCUAUAAAAAGCGAACAACUUGCCGUUUUCUCGUUCGCAAGAUGUUGGAAAUUCAGUUUGAGCCGCCAUUUUGUUUUUCUCUACUAGCAGGAUAUGAGCUAAUAUCCUGCUAGUAGAGAACCAAUCAGAUUGCAGAAUACCUCAUAUCCGGACCUUGUGUAUAUAAUAAUCAGUCAUUUAGAACGGUCUGAACCAGUGUAUAGGUAGUGCUAAUGAUAAGAAAGCUGGAUAAGGAUACGACUAACUGAAAACAAGAAGGAGAACGUCGACGUUUCGUGCGAAGGCCCUUCGUUGGGAAGUUAGUAGCUGGGCUAUAAACUUCCCGAUGAAGGGCCUUCGCUCGAAACGUCGAAGUUCUCCUUUUUUUCAGUUAGUCGAAUCCUUACUUAAUUACUUGAAUCCUUGCUUCCUUACUCUCAUAUAGGCCUUCUAGAAACAGCGUUACCCAAGUAACAGGGUUACCUUGGCCAAUUACAGUAUGUUUGCGCGUUGUGCCGAUCUAUGAAAUGCGCAUCAUGUAAUAACGGCUUAUUGACCGAGCGUGAGGUCUAUACUGUGAAAUAUCAGACCGAGGUUUUUUAGUAUGGACCGAGCGACGAAGGAGCGAGGUCCAUGCAAAAAACAGAGGUCUUAUAUUUCACAGUACAGACCGAACAAGCGAGGUCAAUAAUCGGUUUAUUAUAUGGCUGAACUGAAUCUGUGAGGAUAUGCUUUUCGCGCGAAUUAAAUCGGCUAUCGUCAGUUUCAAUGGGUAACAAUAUAUGGUAGGCAUGCAUGCUCAAUCAAAAACAAUUUGGUUGUUUGAAUUUUUUAUCUGUAAAGCACAGUUGGAAAUUUAAAAAGCAAAAAUUUUUUCUGUUUGCAAAGCAAAAAUUUCCCGCCAGAUAAACGACAUCCGGGACACCGGUCCAGAUACGGAAAAUACGGACCACGAUCCGGAUAUGGCUUUUUACGGACCGCUUGUCAACCAAUCAGAAUAGAGAAUUUUGAAAAGCCAUAUAAUAAUAAAGGGUUAUUAACCGAGAGCGAGGUCUGUACGGGAAAGUAUUUGCAUGAGGUUUUCGUACAGACCGAGCGACGAAGGAGCGAGGUCUGUGAGGAUAAACCGAAGGUUAAAAAUAUUCAAAAUUCAUGUUAUUUGCAUGCAUGCGUAAUAAACAAAAGGAAACUAAUUAAUGAGGAACUACUACUUGAGUAUCGACAGAUGCAUAUUCCUCAUAAUUAUUUUCCUUUUGUCUUACGCGUCACGAGUGACGAAAAACAUACAAAAGUGCAUAAUAAACCAUUUAUUAUAUGGCUCCUUAAACACAUUUUCUGAUUUUCAUAUAUUUGUUUGAGCGCUAUAAAGGUAUUUUUGAGCUAUGUUUUAUUUGCUAAUUUUCUUCGUUUAGAUUUGGUUUCGUCACCGAAUAUUGUUUACGGAAAAGCAUGUUUAACAAUCGCUUUAGAACUACUUUUUCGGUACCCCCACCCCCAGAAAAAAUGCUUAUAAACCCAGUUUAUAUGAUAUUUGUUUAGAAUAUGGUAUUAAAGACGUUAAAUUCAUCUUUAUUUAUUUUUUGAAACCAGUAAACAAAUCAAAAAAUUUUCCCGCCAAAACUUACGGUUGCCAGUAAGAGUUCAAACGGCUUGUUUUCUUGCUUUUUUGGUGAAAUUUGUGUUGGUACAUGUACUUAUUUAUAUUUCCAAGACUUCUUAUUCUUAGAAAUGAUCCAAGGAUACUUUUUCUUCAUAUAACGACCUUAUAAACGUGUAAAAACGUUCCAAAUUCGAGCCUGUCAAAUUAACAUACGGGAAACCGGUCCGGAUACGGGAAAAUACGGACCACGGUCCGGAUACGCAUUUUUUUACGGACCGCACGUCGACCAAUCAGAAUUCAGGUGCUUUCUGCCCAUACAUCUAUGUAUCGGCCUCUAUUACAACCUUAAGAUGCAUUACUGUUCCCAGUCUUUACCCGUUUCAAUAAAACUAAUUUAUCCUCGAUGUUGUGAAAGGCUGUCGUUUGCUUGGAUGUUAUAAAAGGAUAUUCCUAUAGCGAAGUGUUGAAGGGGUUUUCACGAAAAAUACAAGUAUAUGCCCCCCAGCAGGAAUUCAACCUGCGGACUUGCAAUUUUGGUGCAUGCUCUGACCACUGAGCUACAAUGUCUAAUCGCCGAGAGCUAGCCAGUGGAAUGUGUAUGGUAAUAUUCACGAUGUUUGAUGACCACACACUGGUGUUGCGAUACUUUUAUUUCCUGGUUUUCCCACCUUUGAAAACAUGCAUGGCUAGGACUUAUGUUUCUGUUUCGUGGGUUUAGAAACUUGUAACUAAUUUCCAUUUUUCACAUGUUAGAUUUGGUCAUAGUCAAAUAAACACUAUAUUCUGGCGUCUGGACGAACAUAACAAGACCAUCUCUGAAGGUCAUUUGCCAAUGCGAGAUGCGUAUUUCGCACCAGAAAGAAUUAUUGAAGAAGGGGGAAUCGAUCCGAUAAUACGAGGAUCAUUUGCUCAACCUGCCCAGCAGGUUGAUACUAAGGUAUAAAACUACUCUCUUUUGUUUUCAAUUUGCCGACACGUUAAAAUGGUUGAGAUUGGGUACUAGUAAAUAUGGUUUGCGCGCAUGGGUGGCGCAAGAGGAAGGGGGGGGGGGGGGGGGGUUACUGCUCCCCAGUCGAACUGCAGUUUCUAUUCAAUCAGUUAUUAAGGGAAGACCAUUAAAAAAGUGAUGAGGGAAGGGUAUUUUCAGCUUGCACGACUUUUUUUUCUAUUUGUCUUUACGAUAAACCAUUAAUUUAUUUUGACUAGAUGGUUGAUGAUGUUAGGGACUUUUUGUUCGCAUUCAACCGCCGUGGUCAGGAUCUGACUUCUAUCAACAUUCAGCGUGGCAGAGAUCACGGCUUGCCUGAUCUGAAUACAGUCCGAGAAAGCAUUGGUUUGCCAAG